AUGGGUUGGUUUACUAAAGAUAAAGAAAUUAAAAAUGUUGAAGAGAAUAAGGAAUCUCAAAAUGAACCGGUACUGACUAACUAUUCAAAGGGUCAAAAGAUUCUAAUGCAAGAUAAACCACCAAGAUUCGAUCCUGAAUCCUCUGCUUCUGCUUCUGCUACUUCUCCCUCAGGAAUGAUGAAAAAUGCUAUAGAUACUUUACGUUGGGACGAUUUUUCAUUGGCUUCAUUGACUGAAGUUCCGUGUUUUAGAGAUGCGGGAAUGGUAGGGUUCUCUUCAAUGUUUAUCCUGGGUUCAAUUACCUUACUAUAUCAUAAGAAUCCUAUUAAAGCUACAAAUUGGGCCACGGGUGGUCUAUUACUAGGUUCUAUAGUCGGUUGGGAACAAUGUAGAAUGAAAAGGAAAAAAAGUAUGGAAAUUUCUACAAUGGCAAUGCAAACAAUGCAAGAAAGGAAAAGAAAAGAAGCUAUUAAACAAGGUUUGUUACCAACACAUAAAGAAAAGAAAGAAAUAUCACCUGAAAAAUUAAAAGAAAUCGAACUUUUGAAAAAAGAAUGGGAAAGUCAUCCAAAUGAUUCUUCAUUUAAUUUAAAUAAUAAUAAAUCUUGGUAUAAAUUUUGGUAA